CUGCAUCCGAAUCCACCACGGACACCUCUCCAGCCACCCUCAUCACCAACACCUCUCCCACUUCGACUCACACUCUCCACACCACUACCACAGUUGCAUCGGAAUCCACCACGGACACCUCUCCAGCCACCCUCAUCACCAACACCUCUCCCACUUCGACUCACACUCUCCACACCACUACCACAGUUGCAUCGGAAUCCACCACGGACACCUCUCCAGCCACCCUCAUCACCAACACCUCUCCCACUUCGACUCACACUCUCCACACCACUACCACAGUUGCAUCGGAAUCCACCACGGACACCUCUCCAGCCACCCUCAUCACCAACACCUCUCCCACUUCGACUCACACUCUCCACACCACUACCACAGUUGCAUCGGAAUCCACCACGGACACCUCUCCAGCCACCCUCAUCACCAACACCUCUCCCACUUCGACUCACACUCUCCACACCACUACCACACUGCAUCCGAAUUCACCACGGACACCUCUCCAGCCACCCUCAUCACCAACACCUCUCCCACUUCCACUUCCACUCUCCACACCACUACCACAGCUCUGCAUCCGAAUCCACCACGAACACCUCUCCAGCCUCCCUCAUCACCAACACCUCUCCCACUUCCACUUCCACUCUCCACACCACUACCACAGCUGCAUCGGAAUCCACCACGGACCCCUCUCCAGCCACCCUCAUCACCAACCCCUCUCCCACCUGCCUCCGAAUCCACCACGGACCCCUCUCCAGCCACCCUCAUCACCAACCCCUCUCCCACUUCGACUCACACUCUCCUCGUAA